AUGAAACAUCCAGUUUUUUUUUUAUUCUUCGCGUUGAUUACAACUUCAGUAAUUAAUGCCAUUCCGCGUGGAUUUUUAAGUAAACGAGCUACCCAAUUUUAUCAGUGUAUUUAUAAUGGUACUGAUAUACCACCCCUCAACGUAUCCGUGUUACCUGAUCCCAUUGUUUCUGGCCAAGAUGUCACUUUUGGUAUUUCCGGAACCGCGACAACUGACAUUACCGAAGCUACUGUUAGAAUCUAUCUUUAUGAUGGCCAUAGCUUUUAUCGUAAUUACAUGGGCAACUUAUGUGAACUUUAUAAAUCAUGUCCUGUCAAAAAAGAUACUAAGUUUGACUUCCCGUUCACAACUAAGCCAAACGGUUUGCCUGCGACUUAUUUUAUCGAAGUUUGGAUAUCCAAAAACGGAACCGACUUCCAUUGCGCUACGACCUACAACGACCUGUCGCCAUCAAAGUAUUAA